UCCAUUUCCUCUCCCGCCCACCAGCAUAAGCACUCAGGGGCGGUGCUUUCCGCCCAAGGCCCGCCCAGCGAGAACCUGGGGUUCCCGGCGCAUCUCGCGAUACCUUGCGGAUUUGGGGGCGGGCCCCAGCCAGGAAGAGAGCACAAAACUGCCCUUAAGUCAUUGCAGCCCCGGAGCUCCGGUUAGCCGGCCACGAGGUUCUCGCGAGAUCCGCCGCCUCCAUCCAUUGCCAAGCGCCUGUGUCUGGCAGAGCCGGUGUGAGAAGAGACAAUCCUUCCUCGCCGCCGGGCUGAUCAAGACUUUUGGCCGGACCUUUGAGUACACAUCGGGAUAGUGAGGAGCCCGGCGAAAAGCACAGACUAUGGCGCUGAAACGGAUUAAUAAGGAACUUAGUGAUUUGGCCCGUGACCCUCCAGCACAAUGUUCUGCAGGUCCAGUUGGAGAUGACAUGUUUCAUUGGCAAGCCACAAUUAUGGGACCUAAUGACAGCCCAUAUCAAGGUGGUGUAUUCUUUUUGACAAUUCAUUUUCCUACAGACUACCCCUUCAAACCACCUAAGGUUGCAUUUACAACAAGAAUUUAUCAUCCAAAUAUUAACAGUAAUGGCAGCAUUUGUCUUGAUAUUCUAAGAUCACAGUGGUCUCCUGCUUUAACUAUUUCUAAAGUUCUUUUAUCCAUUUGUUCACUGCUAUGUGAUCCAAACCCAGAUGACCCCCUAGUGCCAGAGAUUGCACGGAUCUAUAAAACAGACAGAGAUAAGUACAACAGAAUAUCUCGGGAAUGGACUCAGAAGUAUGCCAUGUGAUGCUACCUUAAAGUCAGAAUAACCUGCAUUAUAGCUGGAAUAAACUUUAAAUUACUGUUCCUUUUUUGAUUUUUCUUAUCCGGCUGCUCCCCUAUCAGACCUCAUCUUUUUUAAUUUUAUUUUUUGUUUACCUCCCUCCAUUCAUUCACAUGCUCAUCUGAGAAGACUUAAGUUCUUCCAGCUUUGGACAAUAACUGCUUUUAGAAACUGUAAAGUAGUUAACAAGAGAACAGUUGCCCAAGAUUCAGAAAUUUUUUUAAAACUGGAGCAUGUGUAUUAUGUGGCCAAUGUCUUCACUCUAACUUGGUUAUGAGACUAAACCAAUCCUCACUGCUCUAACAUGCUGAAGAAACCAUCUGAGGGGGAGGGAGAUGGAUGCUCAGCUGUCACAUCAAAGGAAGCAUUAUUCUAGCGCAUCCAUACUUGUUUAAGCCUUCCACUGUUAGAGAUUUGAGGUUACAUGAUAUACUUUAUGCUCAUAACUGAUGUGGCUGGAGAAUUGGUAUUGAAUUAUAGCAUCAGCAGAACAGAAAAUGUGAUGUAUUUUAUGCAUGUCAAUAAAGGAAUGACCUGUUCUUGUUCUACAGAGAAUGGAAAUUGGAAGUCAAACACCCUUUGUAUUCCAAAAUAGGGUCUCAAAACAUUUUGUAAUUUUCAUUUAAAUUGUUAGGAGGCUUGGAGCUAUUAGUUAAUCUAUCUUCCAAUACUGUUUAAUAUAGCACUGAAUAAAUGAUGCGAGUUGUCAAUGGAUGAGUGAUCAACUAAUAGCUCUCCUAGUAAUUGAUUUAUUUUUCUUCAAUAAAGUUGCAUAAACCAA